CGAAAAAUCUGUCCCUUAUUAUUCCCGAGGACUUGAUGAACUAUUAUGGAUAGCACAUACCUACUGUUCGUACUUGAGCAAGUAAUGACUGUCACGGCCUCAGCUCCACUGACGACAGAAAUUGCGAAGUACAUUGGUAGGGAAAUAAGGAGGACCUGGUGCCGGUUGAAGCGGCCGUUUACUGUGUGGUGUAGAUCAUCCACAGAUCACUCGGUCAACUGUUUUGUGUUGGGGUUUUCGCUGGAGAUGGAGACCAUGGUUUGAAGAUUAAACAUUAAAAAAAAAGAUGGGAGAUCAUGGAGAGGAUUGCAGUGCCGAAGAGGUCUAUCGGGAAGGCC